AUGUUUCUUAAAAUAUCUUCAAAGUUUGAAUUUACCAACAUUGAGUGCACGACUUUGGAUAAAAAGUUUGAUGACUUUGAAUAUUGCUAUUUAAAGUCGAUCAACAGGACCUACAAAUAUCUAUCGUUAAAAGUAAAUUUAUUCAAAACGCCAAUCACGAAAGUCCGUGGAACACUUUUCAAACGCUUCAAUGGGUAUAAGCCAUUCAUGUUUAAUGUCACUGUGGAUGCCUGUAGAUUCUUGAAAAAUACCAAGUCAAAUGCUUUGGCCUCGUACUUUUUGGACUUUCUAAAACCUUACUCCAAUAUGAAUCACAGCUGCCCCUUUGAUCAUGAUCUAAUUGUGGAUAAAUUGGCAGUUGACUUUGUUAAUCAUCAAGCUACAAAAGUUCUACCUUUCCCCGAAGGCUCUUAUUUCCUAGAAACUCAUUGGAUUGCCUAUGACAUCGAUCGGGCGGUGGUCAAAGUCUAUGGGACUCUUUCCUGAUUGAUUACCAAGUAUU